AUGAGGUCUGAACUGAUAGUCUGCGAAGGGAAGAAUCAUCCUAGUGAGAACUUCCACUACGAACAAGUCAAGAUGGUGUUCAAAUUUGUGAUCCUCUGCGCUUUCGCUGUUCUGGUCCAGUCUAUCGCCGGCCAGAAGUGUGGCUGCUCCUGCAAGUCCGUGUCCAUCUCCACCAGCGGCGGCGACUUCCUCGUCACCAGCGUCGGCCCCAUCUCCCCCUCCGGCAUCGCCGUCUCCUCCGAUCUUGACCAGAGCGGAGACUUGAAGGUCAACGGGGAACUGCCGUUCCUGAGCGCCGUGAAGUUCUCUGGCGAAUACGACACUAAAGGGUCUGGCUGCGUGGACUACAGCUGCGGCACCUGCGGGAACGUGGCCAUCACCAGCGUGAAGAGCGGCUCCGGCUGCGGCUGCGGCUGCAAAUACUAA